GAUCCGACGACGUCACACACGCGCGCGCGCGCACGACAAAUACACACGCACACACGCGUGCGCGUGCACACACGGAGUGUGUCUCUCUGUCACUCCCUCUCGCCGCUGCUUCUAUUCUGGGAAGUGGCGCUUGGAAUAACCCCGUGUGCGCGUGAUCGUGCACGCCUGCGUGCGUGCGCGCGUGUCUCCGGAUUUCACUCUGACGCACGCACACGCUCGCAUUCGCCGUGUGGCUGACUGCGGCGGCGGAGCUCCGGCACCAGAAAUCCGGUCGGGAGGAUUUCUUCCGUUUUUACGCGCAACUUUCCCUCGCGCGGCUCUUCCGUGGAUUCCUCGCCGCCAACGCCGCCGCCUUCCGUCUGUAUUUCCGUCGUCCGACUUCCGGAGGUCCAGCAGGCGAACCGAGAGGUGUCAAGCUCCGGAAGGGACUUCGCGUCACCGCGGCGGCUUGUUGUCAUCCCCGCUCCCGGCAGCAAGCGGAACCUGUCAGCGUGUUUACUGGGCUGGACCACAGGACCGCAAUCAGGUGCUAGCGAGCGAGCGAGCGAGCGGAUCCUCGUCUGCAAGAGCUUCUAAUGAACCAACAUGGGAAGAGACGUCUGACGUUAUCUCGUACACUUGACGCAUUUCCGCCAAUGGGCAGCAUCCAACGUCGGGCCAAGAGGGCCGACGGACGUUGAGGAAGUGGUGUGCCCCGCCGCGCUUCUCCCGCCUCCUUCCCACUGCUCACAAAUGGAAGAUCACCAGUCCAAUAAGGACCCGGCCCGGGAGAAGAUGCCUCUGCAGAGGAAGUGGGCGUCGGAGCCCUCGGCCGGCGCCAAACGGAGCACUUUUGCCGACCCGCCGGCGGCGAGGCACCGGGAGACUUCGGCGCACCAACGCAACUACGCCGGGAAGUUUCUAUCCGGAGCUUCGUCGGCGGGGGCCGUGGGAGGCCCGGUGCCAUCUCAAGACCCCCAGGGGCCCCUUUCGCAGGGCUUCCCGGGGGGCUACUCCUACCAACUGGGCCCGCCCUACCCUCAGCAUCCGCAGACGGAACGUUUCCACUCGGGAGCCAAACCCCAACCGGGACUGGAGGCGCACGCCUGGCCCUUCGCCGGCCAGUUGCCGUCAGACGAACUCUACCCCGUGGGACACCCGGGUCACGCCCACUCCCACCGAGCCGGGGCGGCGGGGGGGCGGUUCCCCCGACAAAAAUCUCCAAGUUUACCCAGCUCCUUUGUGACCUAUUCCCAAACGGGGCCCGACCCGGGGGACGAGGCUUACGGCAAAAAGGAGCCAAAGGCCAAAAAGCCCGGAAAGUACAUUUGCUACUACUGCGGCCGGGCCUGCGCCAAGCCCAGCGUCCUGAAGAAGCACAUCCGCUCGCACACGGGGGAGCGGCCGUACCCGUGCGUGCCCUGCGGCUUCUCCUUCAAAACCAAGAGCAACCUUUACAAGCAUCGCAAAUCCCACGCUCACGCCAUCAAGGCCGGACUGGUCCCCUUCUCCGAGCUGGCCGUUUCCCGCGGCGGCGGCGACGCGGACCGGGCGUCCUCCGGGGGCGACGUGGAGGUCCACUCCGACGGCGAGCAGAGCACCGACACGGACGAGGAAGGUGUGGAAGAUGCCACCGUACUGGCAGACAAGGACCAGUCCAUCACGCGGAUCGCCCGUGUGGAAGAUGCCACCGUACUGGCAGACAAGGACCAGUCCAUCACGCGGAUGGCCUUUGAGGCCGACAAGAGUCCAGGUGGCGCAGAACCGGCGUACGCAGAUUCGGCCGAGGAGCUGCCGGCGGGCUCCAUCAAAGUGCCUAUCUUGAUCGUCCCCAAGUCCCGAGGGACGGAGUGUCCGCCCUUCCAGGACAUCCAAGGUUGCCACCACGCGCUGACGUCGCUGGCCGGGAGACGAGGGCGUUCCCUGGACGACGGCCCUUCGCUCAAACCGCGUUUGGCUCUGAGAGCCAACGACAAGAAAGGUCGGGAUUGGGACGGCGGCGCCACGCAGUCGCUCAAUCUGCUCAGUCCUCACAGCAAAGGCAGCACCGACUCGGGCUACUUUUCGCGUUCCGAGAGCGCCGAGCAGCAGGUCAGCCCUCCCAAUACCAACGUGAAAACGUACGAGGAGAUCAUGUUCGGUCGGACUUGGUACUACCAGCCCAACUCCAGGUCCAGGCAAUUUGUCACGGUCGCCAAGAUCUCUGAAGAUCACGUCUGUUUACGGGGGGAAGGCGGCAUGUCCAGAGACAUCAAACUUUAUCCAGCCGGACCCGGCGGUCAGAGCGGCUCAGGACUUCUGGAACCUCCUUCGGAUUCCGGGCCUCUCAUCAGGAGCAACUCCAUGCCGACGUCUUCUCCCGAAAACCUCAGCGUCCCCCCGGGGAUUCGAGGCAGCCACUCCUUCGACGAGAUGAUCACGUCGGACGAUGUUCUUUAUCAGCCGGGACUCCGUCGACUCCAGCGGCAGGCGGCCGUCGAACUUUUAGCCCACGAAGCCCACACGGGAGACCCCGAGGGUUCGGCCAAGAACUUGGCCAAGAAGCUGAGCGAACGCGCUCCGGCCAAAGUCAGCAUGGCGGAAAUGGCCACCAGAAAAAGGCGGAAGAAGAGCGUCGGGGACGACGACGACAGCCCCGACCACGGCGACAGCAGCUGCAGCGGUUCCGUGGAGAUGUCCGGAGACUACGUCAGCCUGGACGGGUCCAGAGGCACCCCCACGGGCAAAGGUUCGCUUCAGAGCCAGUCGGACAGCUUCGACACCUGCGCCAGCGUCUGCUCCGAGGACGUGGCUCUGUUUACCGACGCCGACUGCAGGAAGGCGGCCGCGAACGUCAUCUCCGUCAUCCAGCACACCAACUCCCUCAGCCGACCCAAUUCCUUCGACAAGUCCGAGUCCUUCGAGCAGUCCGCGUAUCAUCCCUCGGCCCCGUCCAGCCAGUACUCGGAACAGUCCGACUCGGAUAUCUUCGAAGACGCUUUGAGUCCGGAGUCGGGCCCGGCGAGAAGCGAGAGUACGGAUCGGCAGCCGCAGAGCGACGGCGAUUUGGCCUCCGUCUCGUCGUCGCCCGGGACGCCUUACCACGUCUCGCACAAACUGGUCCGCCAGCCCAACAUCCAAGUUCCCGAGAUCAGGGUCACGGACGAGAAGGACGCCGAAGCGCCCGUGGCCAAGGAGUCGGAGAAGCAGCCGGCCGAGGAGUUCCAGCUGCCGCAGAGGAGCGACACCCUCUCCCAGAUGCCCUCGGAGAAGCUGCCGCCCAAGAAGAAGCGGCUGCGCCUGGCCGACAUGGAGCAUUCAUCCGGGGAGUCCAGUUUUGAGUCCACCUGCACCAGCUUGUCCCGUAGCCCCAGUCAGGAGAGCAACCUCUCGCACUCUUCAUCCUUGGACAGAGACGAAGGCCUCAAGCUAGCCUCGCCCACCAAACAGGAGGACGCGGUUCCCGGCGGAGCUAAAGCAUCCGAGUUCCUGACGGUGCCCGGCAGCGCUCGGCAGCAGAGGGAGAUGAGGAGGUCGUCGUCGGAGCAGGCGCCGUACACGUUGCCCUCGGAGGUGCCCGAAAUGCGGAGCAAGUCCUUCGACUAUGGCAGCUUGUCGUCGUCGUCCAGACAAGGGGAGCUCUACACUAGCGCCUCGGCCAUGAAGGAGCGCCGACGUGGAUUCCUCGUCCGACAGGCUUCCCUGAGUGUCUACCCGGAGGCUGUGGUCCAGGAACCAGGAGGAUAUGAGCUGUCAAUCAAGCAGGAGAGUGUGGAGCAAGGGGCGUGGCUCGGCCUGACGACCGGCCCUCCACAGAGAAGCAGCAACGUGGCCGGCAGAACCCAAAGACUCGGGGGAGCUCAUCAGCAACACGUUCUCCAGCACAGCAUCAGCGAGGACAGCCUGCAGGAAGAACCUCACUACAGGUCGGUGCAGCAUCGCCUGCAGACGCAAGGCUCCUCGUCCGAGGGAGAACAUCUGGAGGUCAUCCAACAGCAGCAUCCCAGCGCUCCCCAAUUCCUCUCUUACCAGCAGUCGGCUCUGUUCUGGAGUCAGGAGGUCAAUCAGACUUCCAGACAACGGCUGAGCCUCCACAAGUUCCAGAACCGACCUCCUAAUAGUUUAUCGGGGAAGCAGCUGCUCCAAGAUGGAAAACCGGACCAAGAGCAAAACCCGGCGGCCUCCCUCUCCUCCGACAACACGGCGGGGACACCGCAGCAGAUCCGACCCAUGUUUGCCGCCACCCAGAACCACGCGGGCUCUCUGCCUUUACUGGUUCCCGUGCGCGUACCAACUCACGUGCCGACGUACGCUAGCUUGAUGUACACCAGCGUUAGCCAGAUGCUAGCUCACGGUCCGAAGAGAGGUUCAGUUGGCGACGAUGGAGGUCCAAACGGAGCGGGAUUCAACCUGGCGCACUUCCUGGGACAGACGGACGGAACAAUGCUGCGCCCACCUCACUGGAGGCCUUCAGCUUGCGGGCCCAACACGGGAAUUCCUCUGUCGCUCACGUCGGGUACCGUGUCCACCACGGACGCCUCGGGCUCCGGCCUGGGAGGCGGCAAGAGGAUGCUCUCCCCCACCAGUUCCGUGGAGCUCUUUAUCGAGACCAAGCAGCAGAAGCGGGUGAAGGAGGAGAGGAUGUUUGGGCAGAUGGUGAAGGAGUUGAGCGCCGUGGAGCUGAGCGGCGCCGACACGAGCGGCGGGCUCGAGGAGGGGCCCGCUUCCGUCCCCGUUCCCGUGCGUUCUUCCGCCCACCACCAGCCCCACGUACCUCGGCAGGAAAGCUUCACCCCUCCUCUUCAGAUCGUCACGGACUCCUCACCCGCGUGGUCGUGCGGCCGAGACUCGCCCGAGGAGCUCGACGUGGACGAGUCCCGCGCCGCCGUCUGCUCCAACGACGCAGAAGAUGCCAUCGAGCGGCCCGGUCGAGUCCCGGCGGCCAACCUGCUGGUUCAGUUGGCCGUCCGCCAGAGUCCGGGACUUUCCCGAGCGACGGGACGGACUCUGCUGCUCGCCGACGCGUCCGAGACUCAGCACUUUUUCCAGUUCCCGAGCCUGCGCACCAACAGCCGGGUCAGCUGGUGUUUCCUCAACUACACCAAACCCAACAGCGCUCAGGCCGAGCCCCGGAGCUCCAUCUACAGCUCCUGGUGCGUCAGCUCCUACAAUCCCAACCCUCUCAACCUCAGCACCAAGGCGGCGCUGGCCCUGCUCAGGUCCAAACAGCGGAGGAGCACCGACCUCCUGUACGCCACGGCCGCCACCUCGCCGCCGACUUCGGGGAAACUGGUGUCGUCCGUGGCUUGGAAGCUCAGGUUUGAUCAGCUAAAACCCGAGCUGAUGCCGGUGGACGUCGGCCAUUUCGGAAGGAAGAUGAAGGAUCGUCCGAAGGAGGAACACGCGGAGAAGGACGUGUCGAUCAAACGCGGCGGCGGCGGGGCCGAGCCGACUCGCAUCAAAAUCUUCGAAGGCGGGUACAAGUCCAACGAGGACUACGUGUACGUGCGCGGGCGAGGUCGGGGCAAGUACAUCUGCGAGGAGUGCGGCAUCCGCUGCAAGAAGCCCAGCAUGCUGAAGAAGCACAUCCGCACGCACACCGACGUGCGGCCCUACGUCUGCAAGUUCUGCAACUUUGCCUUCAAGACCAAAGGUAAUCUGACCAAGCACAUGAAAUCAAAAGCUCACCUGAAGAAGUGUUUGGAGUUGGGCGUGUCCACGUCUUUGGUGGACGACGGCGAGGCCGACGACGCCGACGUCGGCGAGGAAGCCGGCGUACGACGCAAGGCCACCACGGAGCAUCAGUUCUCCGACGCCGACGACUCGGAGGAAGACGGCGACGAGGUGGACGACGAAGACGACGAGGACGACGACUGCGACGGGGACUCCACGCCCAGGACCUUGUCCCGCUCGGCCAGCCCGUACGGCGUCGCUGCGGCGACGGGCGCCCCGCAGCCCUCCCCGCCUCUCUUCGGGUACUUCACCACCCUCCCUAGCAUCUGCAUCACGCCGCAGGGGGCGCCGGAGCACCCGCCGCCGCCGCCCCCCAUGGACCAAGACCUCUCGCAGGAUGUCCCCUCGCCGUCUUCCCGCCUCUCCUCCCCCAGGGCGGACUACUCGGGCUGCCCGUCCCCCGUCUCUCCUUGCUUGUCACCGUCAAGCCGCCAGUACCUCUCGCCUCGGCGGGACGCGUCGCCGCUGCGCCACCUGUCGCCCAAACGGGACGCGGGGCUUUGUCGGCGCGAGCUGUCCCCCAGGAGGGGGCACAUGUCGCUGCUCGCCCCCACCUCUCCCGGGAAGCGAGACCUGUCGCCACGAGGGCGCCACAAGGCCAUGAUACGGUCGCACUCACCUCGUCGUGGACUUCAUCAGCACCUCCUCCUGCAUAGUCAGCAGGGCGGCUCACGAGGCCUGAGAUCGGCUCAACUCGCCGGGCUGCUGAGUCAGGCGGACUUGGGCCCUCGAGGACCUCGCAGGACCGCCGGUGCCGAAAUGGACACGGAAUGUGUGCCAGGUUCUCCAGGGGGGCUAGAGCAUCCUGGUAACCGUGGUAACCAAUCCAGCCCACCCCAUCAGGUCCUAUUCAGUCACCUCCCUCUCCAUUCACAACUGCAGGUGCGGUCUACGUUCCCGAUGAUUCCCAUCGGCGGGAUCCAGAUGGUCCACGCUGGGCCCACGUCACUCAGCGCACCGCUGGGCCAGCAGGGGGCGCAGCAGGCCGCAUCUCGCCUUCCGCCGCGCUCUUCGGAGGACGUCGAAAGCCUGGAGGCCUCCGCCGCUUUGGAAAGAGUAGGCGGGGCGUCAUCGGGGUCUCCACCCCUUGUGGCGGAAGUCGUCAGGGAACAAGAGGAGAGCAUCCGAACGUGCACCAAAGCCAUCGCCUCGUUGCGCAUCGACCCCGACGAACACGGCGACGGGAGGCCAGCGGGGCGGGAGCGCGUUGGGGGGCCGCCACACUCUGCUUCCUUGGCGGAGGAAGGACAACCUGGGCGCUCGCCGCCCUCUCCGGUGCCACCUUGGGCCCAGCACUUUAGCGCCCCCCCGCGUUGCCCCUCGCCACGGACACCCGCAGACGCCUCGCAAAGCACACAGAGCAGGCCGGACGGCUCGUAGACGUGCAUGAGCGCAACUCAACGUUUUGCACAAUUUACUCGCUUUCUUUCUGGAAUUACACACGCACAAGCACACACAAAAACAUCAACACACACACACACAUGGGCAUGUACACACACCAUACACACGUGCAAACAGACACAUAGAGAUGUUAUUGAAACAUUUUGAAAAAGGUGCGUGCCUGCGUGCAGUUGUGGGGGGCCGGCCAGCUUCAAGGCAGUCAAGUGGUACUUUAUAAGAACAACAAUAAUAAUGCUGAAAAUAAAAAUAAUAAUAAUCCGCCCCGUGUGCCUUUGCUGGCUGCUUGUGCUCGUUUCAGCAGUCACCUGAUCAACUUCAAGCCCCGCCCCCCCCCCCUCCUCCUUUUCUCCCAGUCUGGACAAGCGAUGUGAAGUGACAAAUUCUUCUGAUGUACGGUUGCACUAAAACGUAUUUUUAUAGGAGUGAAAAGGCUUUUUUUUGUGUACAGCAACAGCAACAACAAUUGAAUAAUGCUAUUUAUGAUGAUGAAUAUUGUUCCUAUGUUUGAUAAAUUGUACAUUUUGA